AUGCACAGUAGGAGCAUCACACUAUAUGCAGAAAUAUAUACUAUAACUGCUGAUUUUGUAGUUGUUUUUAGCAUUAAAAAAAAGAAGAACCGAACCAGCACAUGAAACAUGUCCUUACAGUUUCCACGCCCGGCUCCAUGGAGAAACAACAAUAUGACUCUUCCUCAAAAGGAGAAUCCUCUCAGCGAGCAAGGAGAGACGAUAAUAGGCAUCUACCUUCUGUCAUUAGGUUGGAUGUCAUGGUUUGGUAACAGCAUUGUAAUAUUUAUACUAUACAAGCAGAGGGCCAACUUGCUACCCACGGAUUACCUUACCUUCAAUUUGGCCGUGUCAGAUGCUAGCAUCUCAGUAUUUGGCUACUCAAGAGGAAUCAUUGAAAUUUUUAAUGUUUUCAGAGAUGAUGGCUUUCUUAUUACUUCUGUAUGGACUUGUCAGGUGGAUGGAUUUCUCACCCUUCUUUUUGGUCUGGCCAGUAUAAACACACUAACACUCAUCAGUGUAACUCGUUAUAUAAAAGGUUGCCAUCCUCAGCGGGCUAACUGCAUAAGCAAAGGCAGCAUUACAAUAUCAUUGGUACUAAUUUGGAUUGCAGCAUUGUUUUGGUCAAUGGCUCCACUGCUGGGAUGGGGAAGCUACAGAGAUCGGAUGUAUGGAACAUGUGAAAUUGACUGGACCAAGGCCAGCUUCUCCACAAUAUAUAAAUCCUACAUUAUAUCUAUAUUCAUUUGCUGUUUCUUCCUACCUGUAAUAGUCAUGGUCUUCUGCUAUGUGUCUAUUAUUAAUACUGUGAAAUCAAGUCGUGCCUUAACAAGUGAAGGAGAUCUAACAGAUCGACAAAGGAAAAUGGAACGCGAUGUGACCAGGGUAUCCAUUGUUGUUUGCACGGCAUUCAUUAUUGCAUGGUCUCCAUAUGCUGUCAUAUCCAUGUGGUCUGCCUGUGGCUUCUAUGUACCCAAUCUCACCAGCAUACUUGCCAGCCUCUUUGCAAAGUCUGCCAGUUUCUACAAUCCUCUAAUCUAUUUUGGGAUGAGCUCCAAAUUCCGAAAGGAUCUCAGCAUCUUGCUUCCGUGUACGAAAACUAACAAGGACCCAGUGAAACUCAAAAGAUUCAAAAGAAUUAAGCAGAAACAGGAGUCUGCGCUGCAUGUCAAAGAGCAAAAAUAUCAUGAAUAUAAUGAGCUGCCGCUACAAGACCAGCAGCAAGUAGCAAGUCAAGACUCUGGGGUUGGAACUCCAAGCAAUAGUCCACCAGCGGAAAUAAAGGAUGGCUACACAUGUCAUUUAGAUUUGGUUUCCGACAACCCUAAUUACGAAUGUGAUCGAUUAUGACUUAUCAAAAUGCACCAACUUUACAGACAUUAUCUUAUCUCACUAUUUGCCACAUUUUAAUGUGCAAUAGUUAAUAUGUGUUCUAUUUGCAAGUGUUGGUUCCCUGGUGUCAAUUAAAAAAAUGUAUACAUGCCUUACGGUAAUUAACAUCAAUGCCUUCUAUAACCAAGAGGUAAUGAAUUGUCUCCUUGUGUUAACACAGCCAGCAUGUCAAACUGCCUAUGAUUCUUUUAAUUUAUAUCCCGCAAUCAUUUUUUGUCAGAGAGCAAAAAUAAAUUAAAAUAUAUAACUAAUCCUCUGUUAAUUUAUACAUUCAAUUUUGCAUUGCUAUACUAAAUUCUGUUUUAGAAAUCAUAGAGUAGCUUCUAUUUUUCAUAUACAAUGAUUCUUUUUUUCCUGCCUUUAUGAUUCAUAAAUACUAUACAACUAGAAUCUUGAAGUGGUCAAGUUUUAUUUCUACUAAGCUGAAAAAUGCCAGUCUCAGAAAGCUCGAUAAAAUCUCUUUUAAAUGAA